AGUUUUUAGCCACAUAAUGAUAAUAGUGAUACAUAAUGCCUGAUCAGGACAAAAAGUUGAGGAGCACAGAAAAAGCAACAGACAGAAAACCUCAUGGGAUCUCUAUGAGGGAUUAUUCUGACCUGAAAAGACUUCAGUUUCUCUUGAAUGUUCAGUCAAGGAACGAACAGCUUCCAGCUAUAUAUUUUGGAAGUGUUCAAACGAGUGUGACAAGAGCUUGUCAAAAAAUAAAAAGCAGUGGACAAAAACCCAGUGGUCAAUGGCAAGAAUCAACAGAAGCUGCCCAGCUUGAAAAAUUUAGUGUGACCUACAAGAAUGAGAGAAAUUUUAGCAAACAUCCCAAACAUAGGCUGUUUCAAGAUAUCUUUAUGGCUUUAGUCAAGAACAGACUUACUCACAGGGAAUGGGUUAUUCAAGCUCUGUCCAUCCAUUUCUUAAGAGUAUUGAUCUGCCUGAGAUUGUUAAUAAGGGAUCCAUGCUAUCAGGAGGUACUCCACAGCUUGGGUGGAAUUGAAAAUCUAGCUCAGUAUAUGGAAACAGUAGCAAAGAGCUGUCUGAAUUAUGGAGAGGAGCAGCACGAUGUAGACAAGUUGGUCAACAUGACAUACAUUUUCCAAAACCUUGCUGCUGUUAAAAAUCAAAGACAAGGGGCUAUAGCAAGUGCAGCACAUAAAACCUUAGUAAAUUUGUUAUCUGCCCAAGACAGCAAUGUCCUUUUGGGUGCUCUCCUUGCCCUGACUAGCCUGGCAGAAAGUGCAGAAUGUAGGGAGAAUGUAAGUGAGCUCACCAUUGUUGAGAACUUGCAUGUGGUAUUACAUGAAUACUAUUUUCUCUCUAAAAGGCUCACAGCAGAGUUGCUACGACUCCUUUGUGCAGAGUCAUGAGUCAAAGAGCAAGUAAAAACGUGUGAAGGAGUUCCAGUCUUGCUCAGUUUACUCCAUUCUGGUCAUAUCAAACUUCUGUGGAGUAUAGUUUGGAUUCUAGUACAGGUUUGUGAAGAUCCUGAGACUAGUGUGGAAAUUCCGAUUUAGGGUGGAAUCAAGCAGCUCCUUCAUAUAUUACAGGGGGAAAGAAAUCUUAUUUCUGAUCACUCUUCAGUUAGAAGUUUAUCUAGUGCAAAUGCAGCAGGGAGAAUCCAGGAUCUUCAUUUGUCAGAUGAUCUGAGUCCUGAGGAGAUGCAAGAAAAUACUUUCUCACUUCAAGCGGAGAAGAGGAUUGUUCAUCGAGAUCUCCCUCCGAACACUGUCAUGCUGGGGGAUAAAGACAAAGUUACAGUUAGUAAUCCUGAAGUUGUAAAGAGAGAGAAGGCUGGAGAGAAGGAUGAUGUCUUGGCUGUAAGAUGCAUCCUUUAUCAGAUGGCAACUCUGAACCCACUGUUUUGCAGCACCAAUAUGCUCUCCUUGGCAACUAAGGCAGUUGGGGCUAUAUGAGAACCUGUGCCAGAAGGACUGUACUCUGAAAAAGUGUCAUUUACCAUUAAGAGCUGUUUGACUCCUGAUGCAGAGGCACGUCCAGACAUAGUGGAGGUCAGCUCACUGCUGUCUGAUGUUAUGAUGUUCUCCACCUCCUCUCAUCUCACGUUGGAGAAGAAACUGGAUCAGGAGAGGAGACGAACCCAGCAGUACUUCAUGGAGGCUGAUCGAAAUGCAGUAACCUAUCACCACCAGCUUUCCAUUUUAUCACAAAAAAAUUAUGAGAAGUUGAGUCUUCAUAGUAGCAGCAAUGGAGCAGCCAGUUGCAAAAGUGAAUUUUCAGAAAAUACUGAGCUUCCAGUUGACAGUUGUCAGUCUGCAUGUGGAAAAUAUGAGGAAGGAACAUGUGAAGAAAUUCUGGUAGAGGACCACAGGACUAUAGAGAAAGAUAUAUUCUCUGAAUUAGAUCAUGAGCUGGACAUAUUGAACAAUUCAAGCAGCUCCAGUUCAAGUAAUUUGAAAGGAUCUGCUAUUGAUGGUCCUGGAUCAAGAUUGUGACCAGCAUCGGCAGGAAUUGCUGUAUCACAGAGGAAGGUGCGUCAGAUCAGUGACCCUGUUCAGCAGAUUCUUAUUCAGCUCCACAAAAUUAUCUUCAUCACUCAACUUCCUCUAGCUUUGUAAUGCAACUUGAAAAGGAGAAUCAUUGAGAGGUUCAAGAAGCCCCUCUUCAGUCGGCAGAGCAAUCCUUGUAAUCUGAAAUCAGAAAUGAAAAAGUUGCUGCAAGGUUCUCCUGAAUUGAUUGAGUCCAACAUCUUCACAGCAGAUUGGCGCAUGGUACUUCUUUCUUCAGAUGGAAAUACGUUGCUUCUAGAUGAUAGAAAAGGCAUGAUUGGCACUUCUGACAUGGCAGAAGGGAUGACAUAUGAGCAGGUAAGCUGUGUACUCUUAAUUGAAGAGGUUCUAGAGGAAAGUGAUUAUUACAGUUUCUCUUCUGACAGGUGA